CCUCCUCCCUUCCUUAUCCUCCCAAAGCCAAAACCACCUCAGCUGCCAGCUCCCAUCUCAAAGGAAAUUCCCAUACAUUCUACAAGAGAGAGAGAGAGAAAGAGAAAGAGAAAGAGACCCACCAAAGUGAUUGAGUCGAGGGUCAUCUACAGAUCAUGUCCUCCUACACGAUUUGAGGGCAAAAAUAAAAAUAAAAAUAAAUUUUUAUAUGAUCAUGGAGGGAGAAAAUGGAAUCCGCCGCCCUAAUUUUCCAUUACAAUUACUAGAGAAAAACAAGGAUGAAGUAGCAUCCACUGCAUCCAAUUCAGGUCCACAGAUCUCGGAGCCUCCCAAGAAGCCUCCACCUAAAAGGACCUCCACCAAGGAUAGGCAUACUAAGGUCGAUGGGAGGGGGCGCCGCAUCCGCAUGCCUGCCACCUGCGCCGCUAGGGUGUUUCAGUUGACUAGGGAAUUAGGCCACAAGUCCGACGGCGAGACCAUCGAGUGGUUGUUACAACAGGCGGAGCCCGCAGUCAUCGCUGCCACCGGAACCGGUACAAUUCCCGCCAAUUUUACUUCACUGAAUAUCUCUCUUCGGAGCUCCGGUUCUAGCAUGUCUGCACCUUCCCACCUGAGGACUAGCUACUAUAAUCCCAACUUUGCCAGGAACCGGACCGAAUGGGAAAGGAAUAUCGAUGAAUCUUUGCGCAGAAUUGUGCUACCGGGCGUUGGAUUAUCAUCGGAUAAUUCGUCUUCUACCCUUCUGAAUUUUUCUUCCAGUAGUGUGAAUGCCAUGUUACAGGCAAAGCCGGAGCUACGUGAGACUUGCUUGGAUGUGUCAGAUGCCGAGGCAACCAUAGGGAGAAAGAGGCAGCCAGAGCAGGAUCCGUCCCAUAGUCAGAUGGGGAACUACUUGUUGCAGUCGGGUUCGGGGUCUAUCCCGUCCACUCAUAGUCAAAUUCCGACCACGUUUUGGAUGGUGACUAAUCCAAGUAACCAAGUGAUGAGUGGGGAUCCCGUGUGGACAUUUCCUUCUGUUAAUAACAGCUCCAUGUAUAGAGGGACCAUGUCAAGUGGGCUACAUUUUAUGAAUUUUCCUACUCCAAUGGCUCUCUUGCCUGGGCAGCAGUUGGGUUCAGGAAUUGGUGGAAGUGGGGGCGUGGCCGAUGGCCACUUGGGCAUGUUAGCCGCUCUCAAUGCGUUUAGGCCGAUUCCGGGCAACGGGGCACCGGACUCGCAGCAGACUGCUUCACAUCCCCACAACGGAGGAGACCAUAGACAUGAUACAACUAGCUAGCCCUCACCAGUUCUAGAGAUGAAUCACAAGUUUUUUGAAACGGUGUUUCCAUUUUUGAUUGUCUGCAUCUCUCCCAUGCAUCCAAUGCGACUGCAUAUGUGAUUUGGGUAAUACCAGAGACUAUAAAAACAAUGUCAUGUCCUACACAACCUGCAGGAUCAUCCCUCCUCCUUUUUCACAUAUGGUACGGGCUGCUUCUGCCUGCUGCCUGCUGCCUGCUGCCUGCUACCACUGUAACGAUUGAUUGUGGGUGUUGAUGUCCCUACUCCCCACUUGCCCCACCAAGUUGUUUGUCUAGGUUCUUCAUCCAUUGGGUCCUUGUUCAUGGAUCAUCCUAACCCUCCAAAAUGAAUGUUUCUCCA